GAAGCUGGGAAGAACAUGGUCCGAGUAUAAAAGCUAGAUGUUCGUUGUCUCUUCGUCACUCGUCGUUCUACUAAGUAGCCGGCAAGGCAUAUUCUGCUAUCUUUCCAACGUUAAGUAAAACUAAACCAAACCAGCCAAAAUGUGUGACGAUGAUGCUGGAGCGCUCGUUGUUGACAACGGAUCCGGAAUGUGCAAGGCCGGUUUCGCUGGUGAUGAUGCCCCACGUGCCGUCUUCCCAUCCAUUGUUGGUCGCCCACGCCACCAGGGUGUGAUGGUCGGCAUGGGUAACAAGGACUCGUACGUCGGUGAUGAAGCCCAGUCCAAGAGAGGUAUCCUCACCCUGAAGUACCCAAUUGAGCACGGUAUUAUCACCAACUGGGAUGAUAUGGAGAAGAUCUGGCAUCACACCUUCUACAAUGAACUGCGUGUUGCCCCAGAAGAGCACCCAGUUCUGCUGACUGAGGCCCCACUGAACCCCAAGGCCAACCGUGAGAAGAUGACUCAGAUCAUGUUUGAGACCUUCAACUCGCCAGCCAUGUACGUUGCCAUCCAGGCUGUUCUGUCCCUGUACGCCUCCGGUCGUACCACUGGUAUCGUUCUGGAUUCCGGAGAUGGUGUCUCCCACACUGUCCCAAUCUACGAAGGUUAUGCUCUGCCACAUGCCAUCCUCCGUCUGGACUUGGCUGGUCGCGAUCUGACCGAUUACCUGAUGAAGAUCCUGACCGAGCGUGGCUACUCUUUCACCACCACUGCUGAACGUGAAAUCGUUCGUGACAUUAAGGAGAAGCUGUGCUACGUCGCUCUGGACUUCGAGCAGGAAAUGGCCACCGCUGCCGCCUCCACCUCCCUUGAGAAGUCUUAUGAACUUCCUGAUGGUCAAGUCAUCACCAUCGGCAACGAGCGUUUCCGCUGCCCAGAAGCCCUCUUCCAGCCAUCCUUCCUGGGAAUGGAAUCUGCUGGUAUCCACGAAACUGUCUACAAUUCCAUCAUGAAGUGCGAUGUCGACAUCCGCAAGGAUCUCUAUGCCAACACUGUCCUGUCUGGUGGUACCACCAUGUACCCAGGUAUUGCUGAUCGUAUGCAGAAGGAAAUCACCGCCCUUGCCCCGUCCACCAUCAAGAUCAAGAUCAUUGCUCCACCAGAACGUAAAUACUCCGUCUGGAUCGGUGGAUCCAUCCUGGCCUCUCUGUCUACCUUCCAGGCCAUGUGGAUCUCCAAGCAGGAAUACGACGAAUCCGGCCCAUCCAUUGUCCACCGCAAGUGCUUCUAAGCCACUUCCUCCGAAACCAAUGCAGUUAAGAGCAUCGAAGGCAUUUAGCCCAACACCACCCAGGGCCGAUGCGGGCUGAAACUGCUCACAUACCACCAACAACAAUAGCAGCAACAACAACAAUACCAGCAAACAUCGAGAAAUUUAUUAACAUCAUCAUCAUACAAUGUUAUCCCAUAUGUGAUUCAACUUGUUUAUGUAUAAAUGAUUUUUUCUUAUAAUAUGGAUCAUUAUCGUUAUGUUUUGAGGUUCGUUCAGCGAAUAAAACACUAUACCGCUACCAUAAACCUAAAACUAGUUGAGACUAUGGCUAUAAGACGAGUGAGCGAAAAAAACAACUGUCGCUUGCAUCCAGCAUCCGAAAUACACAGCCAAUUAAAAAUUCUGACCACCAGUUUUAAGAGCCAAGAGUCUAUUUUCGACAAAUCUUCCAAUAGAUGUUUAAGAACAAAACAAAGAACAUUUAUAGCAAUAGGGUGUAAAACACUGGUUUUGUUAUAAUUUAUAUUUUUUUGUAUUAAAUUGAGCAAGCUCAAAAGUUUAA